CCGAACCUCGACUUGGACAGUACUGAUCCUGAACUGAACCAUGACUAGUCAAGUUAAAUCUGGAAGAUCUGCCUGAGGAUUACAGACAACUGGGAAAGAAAAACAGCAUUGAUCAUUUAGAUCAUCCUAAUUCUCCUGAGUAAGCGGUCAGCUUGGUGGCUUGUUUGGACAGAGGGGAGUGAGAUGUGUGUAUUGAGUGGAUGCUGCUAAUACUACAGAGUUAGAUUGCACAGAUUAAAUCUUUGCUGCAUGUCUUUCCUCCAGAUCUGAGGUUUUAUAGAUUGUUCAUGUGGUUGGUGGUGGUUUAUGUUUGUGUUGCUUUGUUGUUCUGAAAGAUGAGAAGAAUUGAGCCAUUUAUCUUCUGUUCUGGGAUGUAGUUGUAUUCACUAAGGCUUCCGUCCUGCUAAUGGAGGUGAAAUCAGAAAAAUGGACAUGAAAGCUUUACCACAUUUUUGUGCCUUUCCUUAUUGACAUUUUCAUCUAGCACUGUAAUGGGACUUAUCAGCGUUAACUAUAUGACACGAGGGCUGGUAGGAUCUGUUUAGAUUACGAGGGUUAAUCUCAACUUGUGUGCAGGUAGAAAGUCUGGAAUGUGACUAAAUGCCUCCUUUACAGUACUGUGAUAAAUAGUUUGUGACACAGCCUCUAUUCUCCCUCGAGGGUCUACAGAGGAAGAUUUUCCAUAUAUGUCAGCUCCCACAUUUUUUCUACGUCAGCAUCGAUGUUGACAUUAGAGCAGCCUUCGUCCAGCUCGCUGGCCUGGUUCUCAUGCUGUGUCCUGGGCCUGGAAACAAAUUCAUGCUUUCACUUUCCAACCAGAUUGAUUCCUGUUGCUUCCUGACUCACUUUUAUUGAAAACAUUUAAUUGAUACGACCUUGAGUGAUUCUGACCGGCCUUAGCCUCAGGCUAGACCUUUGUGUCUGGGUUUGGCCUUGAGCUGGUUCUGAAAACAUGGGGAUCCAGGGCAUGGAGCUGUUUGCUAUCGGCGUGGUCGUCGUCCUUUUCAUGGCUGUUCUCAAGCAGUUUGGCAUCCUGGAGCCCAUUUCCGUGUUUGAAGAUGAUAGCAGCGAUAGUGAUUUGGAGCUGUCAACAGUGCGUCACCAGCCGGAGGGGCUGGAGCAGCUGCAGGCGCAAACCAAGUUCACCAGGAAAGAGCUUCAGUCUCUGUAUCGAGGCUUUAAGAACGAGUGUCCCAGUGGGCUGGUUGAUGAGGAGACAUUCAAGUCCAUCUAUUCUCAGUUCUUUCCCCAAGGAGAUGCAACCACCUAUGCUCACUUCCUGUUCAACGCUUUCGACAUUGACAGAAAUGGCUCAAUCCGUUUUGAGGACUUUGUCAUCGGCCUGUCAGUCCUGCUUAGAGGUUCAGUCACAGAGAAGCUCAACUGGGCCUUUAACCUGUAUGACAUUAACAAGGAUGGCUACAUCACCAAAGAGGAAAUGCUGGCAAUCAUGAAAUCAAUCUAUGACAUGAUGGGGAGGUAUACGUAUCCCUGUGUGCGGGAUGAAGCUCCCUCUGAGCAUGUUGACAAGUUCUUCCAGAAAAUGGACAGAAACCGGGAUGGCGUAGUGACUAUUGAAGAGUUCAUCGAAACCUGUCAGAAGGAUGAGAACAUCAUGAACUCCAUGCAACUUUUUGAAAAUGUUAUAUAAAGAAUCUGGAUGUUUUCUGUUGUUCAUUAGCAUAACUCCUAUACAAAUUUGCACAGUCAUCCCCGUCACCAUACCUCAAUCUUCACACUAACUUUACUGUAGGGCAAACUGGUACAUAAUGUAGAUACUGUAAAGAACAGGAAAUGGAACAUUUUGCUACAUCCUGCUGCACUAUUUUAGCUGUAUCUUGCCAGACUAAAAGGAUUGCAACACAAAGACGGACACCUUCCUGUAAAUUGUGUGUCUGGGAUGAUGCAACAGAGGAGCUCUCUGUGAUUUCAUUGUCAAAGAAAAGGAUCAGCAACCAACAAGGAAUGAGGUGUAGGAUAGCACAAGCCACCAUGGAUAGUAGCUUUAUUGUACAUUUACUCUAAUGUACAUUCACACACACUUUCAAGAGUUUUUAGAGCCCUGGAUGAUGUACAACAAAAAUAGAACCCUGCCAAAAAAUAAAACCUAAAUAAAACCUAAAGCAUGUUUGUAAUGAAAUACGUGAUGUGGAAUUAGCUUGCACUACAAUUUUAUGAUUAUGUAUUAUAUAUGCCUGAAGUAAAGGCAUUGUAGAUACUUGCAUACGAUACACCACUGGUGCAGAUCAGUGUGUAUGUAUAUAUGUAUAGUUAGUAAUUUCACAUCCUGCAUUGUGUUGGUCUCCUCUGUGCUGCGCUGGUUAAUGGAAUAGGACCAGAACAAAUUAAAUAUUUGUUUAUGACACCUCUGUGCUAGUUGGAAUAUUUAUCAUAUUUGGACAUUUAAGUAUAUUAUUCAAAUAGUAGUCUUUUUUAUUUUAAUUUUAUUAUUUAUUUAUUGGAUUUUCUAAGGUUAUGUUACCUGGUCAGAUUGGAAAAGAAAUGAGUCUGUAUAGUACUGUGGAGAAACCAUAUGACUGUUAUGAGUAUGUCCCUAUGCUGAAUUAAGUCUUUACAAUGUUGGUUCAGUGUAUGUGAGCAUGCAGACUCUAAGUACCACAGUAUGAUGUACAGUAUAGCUAGACAUCAUUUCAGUUUAUUAAAGAGGCUGUCAACA